CUGAUUGCUUAUAAGAAAUAUCUUGAUGUCACCAGGGAGAAUGAUAUGAAAACAGAUUGUGAAAUCUUAAGGUGCAGUGUUCAACUAACUGGCUGCAAUACCAUCUAUCUGGGAGCUUAUCAUAGACUGCAUGAAGAUGAUGAACAAUCCUUUCUAGAGCUUGAAAGGUCACUGACUCUAAUAAAAGAUCACCAUCAUGUAUUACUAGGUGGUGAUUUCAACCUCCCAGGGUUAGUCUGAAUUUCAUCCGAUUACGUUGAGUUAUUUUUACUCCCUCAGUAACGUCUGAAUCAACCAGCCAUUAAUGCCAUCCAGUGACAUCAGUACUCCUUUGCUUUAAUUCAUGUAAAAAGUAAAACACGAUUUUCAAGUGGCAAACCAAGAAAUAUCGUUUGGAAAUGUCUACGUGAUACUCACAGAACAGAUGACAGAAUUGCUUUGCUCUUUUCAAUUGUAAUUCAUGUUUUUUAAAACUUUCCCCAAACUAUCAACUGCAUGCAGUACUCUGAACCCGUUGUAAUUCAAACUCGGUCACAAUCACGCAAUGGAAUAAAUACACACAUGGAAUGCUUAGUUCGAAAACAAAGAAGAAGCUAUUUGGUCCUUAACAACAAAAAAAGAAAACGAGGAAGCAAGAAAGAAAAGCUAACAGAAUCAUUACACUUGACGGUAUAAAAACCAAGAAGGUCGAAUGACAGCAUGACAUUGGUCUCAGAAACUUCGCAUGAACAAAUUAAAAUCACUGCGAAAGCCACAAAGCGGUUCUAAAUGAAAAACCUACCGACUGUCCGCAAUGAUUCUUCAUUCGCAAUUCAAUUUAGCAAUUCAGUUUUGAAGAUAAGGGCAAUUUUGCUGUUUACGAUAAAACAUUAUCAAAAUGUUUGAACUCCACGCAAGCAUGUCACCGAUGCGAUCUGCUGAAUAUUAAGCGACAAUCCUGCAAAAAUUUCUCAUAAUUAUACAUCCUUAUGCGAAUGUUUAGACAAUCAACCAAUCAAAAUCACUACCCGAUUUUCGGGUGGUAGUGACGUCACUGGAUGGCAUUAAUGGCUGGUCGAUUCAGACGUUGCUGAGAGGAGAAAAUGACUUGAAGCAAUUGGAUGAAAUUCAGGCUAUCCCAGGGUGGGACUGGAAAAACCAUCUGGUAAAGAAAUGUAAUUACUCAAGUCUGCAUUACCAAGUUGGUGGCAUUUUGGAUUAUAAAAGUCUAGUCCAAUUAGUUGAAGAACCAACUAGACAACAGAACACCUUAGAUUUGGCUAUUACAAAUCAGCCUAUCAUCAUCAGAAAUGUGUGUAUUUUUCCGGGAGUCUCGGACACCUCAAAAGAUCCCACUUUAUAA